AUGAUUCUUUUUUCUUACUUUUCAAAUUUCGUUUGUGCAUCAGGAAGGAACUACAGCUUCCCUCGCGUAUUUUUUUCUGGACUAUCUAACAAGACCUGUGGAAUCAAAAACCCUUAUUAUAGAAAAAAAGGACUCUGGGAGUGGAGAAAAAAGUUAAUUUACCGUUUAAAUAAAAACCGUUACCGAAGGAAGUUCAUAACCCCAAAAAACUACGAUAGUGAAGAACUUCCAAUAAAGUCGAAGGAUUCUGGUAAUGUGUGGGAGUUUAAAGUCCAGGAUUUGCCAAUAAGCCUCAAAAGACUUAAGUUAUACUCUAAACUGCUUACAAACUUACACCUUCAAGACGCCCUUGACUGGCUAAACGCAUUUCCUAACAUUAAAACCAACCGCAUUCUCAACUCACUGAGUGAAUCGCAAAAGAAGAUAUAUGAAGAGUUUGGAGGUGAUCCAAGCAGAUUAUACAUCGACAACAUCAUCAUAAAUUAUGGACGUCCAAUUAAACAAAUUAAACAUCACGCUCUUGGUAAUUUUGGUAUAAUGUGUACCUGGAGAAAUAGCUUGGUAUACAAGAUACGUGAAAUGCCAAUGAACGAAUACUACCAGAAGAUUUUUAUACUUGGAAAGGUACCUAAAAGCAUGAGUUCUGAGUUGAGGAAUGCAGUAUACGACAAGAGAGUUGACUCCAAAAUUGUCACCAAGUGGUUCCCAUAUCUCACUUCUCACUCGAGAUUUUUGUUCAGAAAGGUACCUCCAUAA